UGCCGGGGGUAAGAUGGCGGCCACGCGACGCUCUGGGCUGCCUGGGCCGCUACUCUGUACAAGGAAGUCCUCCGGCCGUCGCUUUUAGGAAGCGGAAGUAAAGGGGCGAUUGGCAGCUGGUGUUUCCCUGAGACCGGCUCGCAAGUGAAGCCGCGGGAAAGGCGCGUGUCGGCCUCUCACUGGCGCAGCCUCCGCCGCCGCCGCCGCCGCCCCGCCCCGCCCCGGCGUUGUCGCAGGCGCUGUGGUGGACGGUGUGCGGCCCGGGCAUGGGCAGCGAGGGGGACGCGAGCGGAGCGUGUGCCGCGGCUGCGCGGCCGGUGACAGGGCUUUGUUGUAAAAUGAGACUUCUAAUUGUACUCACUGCAUUAUGGCUCUUCUCCUCAGUAAAAGCAGAUUCAAAAGCCAUUACAACCUCUCUCACAGCAAAGUGGUUUUCCUACCCACUGUUGCUAGAAGCCAGUGAGUUUUUAGCAGAAGACAAUCAAGAGAAAUUUUGGAAUUUUGUAGAAGCCAGUCAAAAUAUUGGAUCAUCAGAUCAUCACGGUACUAAUUAUUCCUAUUAUCAUGCAAUAUUGGAAGCUGCGUUUCCAUUUCUAUCACCUCUACAACAGAAUUUGUUGAAAUUUUGCCUGUCUCUUCAUUCCUACUCAGCUACAAUUCAAGCCUUCCAGCAGAUAGCAGCUGAUGAACCUCCUCCAGAAGGAUGUAAUUCAUUUUUCUCAGUGCAUGGAGAGAAGACUUGUAAUUUUGAUGUCCUGGAGACUCUUCUAAUAACAGCACCUGGAAGACCCAAACCUUUAUUGUUCAAAGGAGAUCACAGAUAUCCCUCAUCUAAUCCUGAAAGCCCAGUGGUGAUUUUCUACUCUGAGAUAGGCCUUCAAGAAUUUUCUAGUUUCCACCACCAACUUGUAUCGAAAAGCAAUGCAGGCAAAAUCAACUAUAUAUUCAGACAUUAUAUAUCUAAUCCCAGGAAGGAGCCAGUUCACCUCUCUGGCUACGGUGUGGAAUUGGCCAUUAAGAGCACUGAGUACAAGGCCAAGGACGAUACUCAGGUGAAAGGAACUGAGGUAAAUACUACAGUCAUUGGUGAAAAUGAUCCCAUCGAUGAAGUUCAGGGAUUCCUCUUUGGAAGGUUAAGAGACCUGCACCCUGAGCUAACCGGACAGUUGAAAGAACUCAGAAAGCAUCUUGUAGAGAGCACCAAUGAAAUGGCACCUUUGAAAGUUUGGCAAUUACAAGACCUCAGUUUCCAGACUGCUGCCCGAAUCUUGGCUGCUCCUGCUGAGCUAGCUUUGGUGGUUAUGAAGGAUCUUAGUCAGAAUUUUCCCACCAAAGCCAGAGCAAUAACGAAAACAGCUGUGAAUUCAGAACUUAGAACUGAAGUGGAAGAGAAUCAGAAGUAUUUCAAGGGAACUUUAGGAUUACAACCUGGAGAUUCAGCUCUCUUCAUCAAUGGACUUCAUAUUGAUUUAGAUACACAGGAUAUAUUCAGUCUGUUCGAUGUAUUGAGGAAUGAAGCCCGGGUCAUGGAGGGCCUUUAUAGACUGGGAAUAGAAGGCCUUUCUCUACAUAAUAUUUUGAAGCUGAACAUCCAGCCCUCUGAGGCUGACUAUGCCAUUGACAUCAGGAGUCCAGCUAUUUCAUGGGUCAACAACCUGGAAGUUGACAGCAGGUACAACUCGUGGCCUUCCAGUCUACAGGACCUGCUUCGCCCCACCUUCCCUGGCGUCAUCAGGCAGAUCAGAAAGAACUUGCACAACAUGGUAUUCAUAGUUGAUCCUACACAUGAGAAUACAGCAGAGUUGAUUAACACAGCUGAGAUGUUCCUCAGUAAUCAUAUACCUCUAAGAGUUGGUUUUAUCUUUGUGGUUAAUGACUCUGAAGAUGUGGAUGGGAUGCAGGACGCUGGAGUGGCUGUUCUCAGAGCGUAUAACUAUGUGGCCCACGAAGUGGAUGAGUAUCAUGCUUUCCAGACUCUGACACAUGUCUAUAACAAGGUGAGGACUGGAGACAAGGUGAAAGUUGAACAUGUGGUCAGUGUCCUGCAGAAGAAAUACCCCUAUGUAGAAGUGAAUAGCAUUUUGGGGAUUGAUUCUGUUUACGAUCAGAAUCGAAAGGAAGCAAGAGGAUACUACGAGCAGACUGGCAUUGGUCCGCUGCCUGUUGUUGUGUUCAACGGAAUCCCCUUUGAAAAGGAACAGCUAGAUCCUGAUGAGUUGGAAACCAUCACAAUGCACAAAAUCUUGGAGACCACUACAUUCUUCCAAAGAGCAGUGUACUUGGGUGAACUGUCUCACGAUCAAGAUGUGGUAGAGUAUAUCAUGAACCAGCCAAAUGUUGUUCCCCGAAUCAAUUCUAGGGUUUUGACAGCUGAGCGAGAAUACCUGGAUUUAACAGCAAGUAAUAACUUCUUUGUGGAUGAUUAUGCUAGAUUUUCUGUCUUGGAUUCCCAAGGCAAGACUGCUGCUAUAGCCAAUAGUAUGAACUAUCUGACAAAGAAAGGAAUGUCAUCCAAGGAAAUCUAUGAUGAUUCUUUUAUUAGGCCAGUAACCUUUUGGAUUGUUGGGGACUUUGAUAGUGCUUCUGGACGACAGUUGUUGUAUGAUGCUAUUAAACAUCAAAAAUCCAGUAACAAUGUGAGAAUCAGCAUAAUCAAUAACCCCAGUGAAGAAAUAACUUAUGAGCACACUCAGAUCUCCAGAGCGAUCUGGGCAGCUCUCCAGACGCAGACCUCCAACUCUGCCAAGAACUUCAUCACCAAGAUGGUCAAGGAGGACACUUCAGAGGCUCUGGCGGCAGGGGCUGACAUCGGGGAGUUCUCUGUCGGGGGCAUGGAUUUCAGUCUUUUUAAAGAGGUGUUUGAAUCUUCCCAAAUGGAUUUCAUUUUGUCUCAUGCCGUGUACUGCAGGGAUGUCCUGAAGCUGAAGAAGGGACAGAGGGCAGUGAUCAGCAACGGAAGGAUCAUUGGGCCACUGGAGGAUAGUGAGAUUUUUAAUCAAGAUGAUUUCCACCUCCUAGAAAAUAUUAUCUUGAAAACUUCAGGACAAAAAAUAAAAUCUCAUAUUCAGCAGCUUCGGGUAGAAGAAGAUGUGGCCAGUGACUUGGUAAUGAAGGUAGAUGCGCUCCUGUCAGCUCAACCCAAAGGAGAUGCAAGAAUUGAAUAUCAAUUUUUUGAAGACAGACACAGUGCAAUUAAACUGAGGCCAAAGGAAGGGGAGACAUACUUUGAUGUUGUGGCUGUUGUUGACCCUGUCACCAGAGAAGCACAAAGGCUUGCUCCCUUGCUGUUGGUUUUGACUCAGCUGAUAAACAUGAAUCUAAGGGUGUUUAUGAACUGUCAGUCUAAACUUUCGGACAUGCCUUUAAAAAGCUUUUACCGUUACGUCUUAGAACCAGAGAUUUCUUUCACAUCAGAUAAUAACUUUGCUAAGGGUCCAAUAGCAAAGUUUUUGGAUAUGCCGCAGUCUCCAUUGUUCACUUUGAAUCUAAAUACACCUGAGAGUUGGAUGGUAGAAUCUGUCAGAACACCGUAUGAUCUUGAUAAUAUUUAUUUAGAAGAGGUGGACAGUGUAGUGGCUGCUGAGUAUGAGCUGGAGUACCUGUUACUAGAAGGGCAUUGCUAUGACAUCACCACAGGCCAACCCCCACGAGGACUACAGUUUACCUUAGGAACUUCAGCCAAUCCCGUCAUUGUGGACACCAUUGUUAUGGCCAAUCUGGGCUACUUUCAGCUAAAAGCCAACCCAGGAGCUUGGAUUCUCAGACUUAGGAAAGGACGCUCUGAAGAUAUUUAUAGAAUCUACAGCCAUGAUGGUACAGAUUCUCCUCCGGAGGCCGAUGAGGUGGUUGUCAUCCUCAACAACUUCAGAAGCAAAAUUAUUAAAGUGAAGGUUCAGAAGAAGGCAGACAUGGUGAACGAAGACUUGCUGAGUGAUGGAACAAAUGAAAAUGAAUCUGGAUUUUGGGACUCAUUCAAAUGGGGCUUUUCAGGAGGACAAAAGACUGAGGAGGUGAAACAAGAUAAAGAUGACAUAAUUAAUAUCUUCUCUGUUGCAUCUGGACAUCUCUACGAAAGAUUUCUUCGUAUAAUGAUGUUGUCAGUGCUGAAGAAUACCAAGACUCCUGUGAAAUUCUGGUUCUUGAAGAAUUAUUUGUCCCCCACAUUUAAGGAGUUUAUACCUUACAUGGCAAAUGAAUACAAUUUCCAAUAUGAGCUUGUUCAGUACAAAUGGCCCCGGUGGCUUCAUCAGCAGACUGAAAAACAGCGCAUCAUCUGGGGAUACAAGAUCCUUUUCCUGGAUGUACUUUUCCCACUAGUUGUUGACAAAUUCCUGUUUGUGGAUGCUGAUCAGAUUGUGCGGACAGAUCUGAAAGAGUUAAGGGAUUUCAAUUUGGAAGGUGCCCCUUAUGGUUAUACUCCCUUUUGUGACAGCCGAAGAGAAAUGGAUGGCUACAGGUUCUGGAAGUCAGGAUACUGGGCCAGUCAUUUAGCUGGGCGGAAGUACCAUAUCAGUGCAUUGUACGUUGUGGAUCUGAAGAAGUUUAGGAAAAUAGCUGCUGGAGACAGACUCAGGGGACAGUAUCAAGGUCUGAGUCAGGAUCCCAACAGCCUUUCAAAUCUGGAUCAAGAUCUGCCCAAUAACAUGAUCCAUCAGGUACCAAUCAAGUCACUCCCUCAAGAAUGGCUUUGGUGUGAAACGUGGUGUGAUGAUGCCUCUAAGAAAAGAGCUAAGACCAUUGAUCUGUGUAAUAAUCCGAUGACCAAAGAGCCCAAGCUGGAGGCUGCUGUGCGAAUUGUCCCUGAGUGGCAGGACUAUGAUCAAGAAAUCAAACAGCUACAGAUCCGUUUUCAGCAGGAGAAGGAAAUGGGAAAACUGGGUGAGAAGAAAACAAAAAAGCCGAGCCAGGAAGCAUUUCAGACACAUGAGGAAUUAUGAUCUUUGGAGGAAAAUAGAAAAUGGCACCAUUGAAAACAGUUUUUAUACUAAAUGCUAGUUUUUUCUGAUCUGUCUAUACAACUGCUGAUAAGCUCACUGGGCAGGUGUGCCAGCCUUUUUGAUGCUGAGCAUUUGAUUUUGACUUCUGCACACCAGUGGGCGCUGGAUCUUUGGAGUCAGGGCUCUAUUGGAUUUGUACCUCAGAGGAAGACAAGUGGCUGAUCUUUUGGGACUCUGAAAAGAGCACUCUUCUCACCAGAGGAAGAAAUGGCAGUGGCAAGAAGAUGAGUCCUUUGGAGCCCACAUCCAAGAGCAUCCAAGAGCACAAAGCUGCAUUGUCCUAGGAAGGAGGCUAGUAGAGCUGCCGUGUUCUUCCUUACCUCAGUUUACCUGCAGCUCAGGCUGCACCUCAGAUGCCUACCCAGUGUGGGUCAGGCUGGCAGAAAGAAGCUUUGUCCAAGGUCCACACACCUGGAAAUUUAUGCCAACACCCCACCCACCCACCUCCCCAUAGUCUUUUCCCAAGUGCUAGGUUCAUUGUUUAAUCAAAACCAAACCAACCAUUGUGUAUCUUCAGGGUUGGCUCAGUACAGUGGCUAAGCAAAUUAACUUGGGGACAGAUGGGAGUGGUUGGUUGGGGUGCAGAUAGAGAAGAUAGGCAUAGGAGGGCUCUAGGGUGCUGGGGAAGGAUUAGAAUUUGCUGGUUUUCUUUUAUAAACCGUCAUUAUCAUUGUGGCUAAUUUGAAAUGAAAACCUUAUUCUCUACCUAGACCUGGUGAACUUUCUUAGGUAAUUGUUUUGUAAACAAUUUUUGUAUUUGUGAAAGUCUUUGGUUUUUCUUUCCACUUUAAAAAAAGUGUCAACCAUUCCCCAACUGGACAUAACCAUAUGAAGCCCUAGUGAUGCAUCUCGAGGCUUUGGGCUCCCUCCAGACAUCACCUCAUCCUUUGUCCUUUCCUAUAUAGUGUUUUCUCUCAGACUCAGAGACAGUUGGCUUGGAUUUUUCUCAACAAAGUGCUCCCAGCUCUAAGGCCAGGAAGGUUUCUGACUAUGGACUUAUGAUUUUCUGUACAGUGGCCCAUGUUCCUUUUGUUUUAGCUCUGUGAUUGCCUUUGGCUUACAGAAAUCAGUAGCGUUCACAUCAGUUCUGUCAUGACAUAGUUGUACCACAAAGCACUGUCAGCCCCUUAGCUCUUGCUUGGCUUUUCCUUCCCUCAUCCAGCACUGGCCCUGUGGGCUUGGCUGAUGGAUGGGUGAGCGCCCCUGUCAGGCUGCAGGUUCAGCAGCACAAGCACUGCACCUGCCUUACAGUUCACAUGGACUUAUUCUUCCUAUUCUGCCUACUUUUUAAAAAUAUAAAGGGUGGUGGAGAGCUCAGUGAAGUAAUGCUUGCUAGCACAGCAAGGCCUUUUAUCUCCACCCCCACAUAAAAUAGAAAAAUUGGAGGAGCAGGUGCAAGUGGAUAGCUAAGUCUUUACCAUUCUAAGCCAUUGAUGUGCAGUGUUUUUAAAACCACAGUCUUACUCCAGAUACCAAUAAUUUACUUUUCCAUUUUCAAAUGCAAAAGUUAGUCUAGGAACCUCACAAUCUGAAGGAAUUUUUGUUGUUGUUUUGUGUUGGUUUGGUUUUGGUUCUUGGUUAUUGAGGCAGGGUCUUCCUGUGUAGCACAAAGCUGACCACAGAGUCGUAAGCCUCCCAAGUUCUGGGGUUACAAGCAUGUGCCACUAUGUCUGCCUCUGAAGGACCUUUUGACUUCAUUUUCAUAAUUUCAUAAGAAGCUGAGGAGGGAAGAAAGGUUGUGGCGUGCUUUCUGUCUGCCCAGUCCUAAUCUGGGUCAGGCAACUGAAAGAAUAAGAUCAUGACAUCAAGAGACUUUUGUUUAGGCUUCAUCUUCACAUUUAGUCGAAUUUUCAGAGAGGCUGCUGCAGCUGCUGUCCACAAUUAUAGGCAGAAGUGUACAUUUUUCUGUGCACUGUCUGGGAGGUAGAGCAAGAAAUACUCAAGUCAGUAAGAUAUACUUUUAAAUGCUGAUUCCACUCGCCAGUUUUCUGUCGUUCUAGCAACUCUCAUGAAUAUUAUACAUAAAAGGAAGAUCCAUAGCAAAUUACACAUGUUCUGUGUAGGAUGUGUCCUGUUGUUGCUCAUGGUCUGUAUCUGUUACCUCCCUGACAUUAGUAGCCUUAUUAGUAGUUAACAGUGACUAAUGCAAGCUUGCUUCUGAAGGGGUCUAAGCCCCUUCCUGCCAAACUUUUUCUUCAUUUUAUGUAGCAUAAUCCCUUUUCCAAAUUAACCAGUGCCCAGGGAAUAAGUUACCUCUAUAAUGUGGUCCUGGUCACUUUGUUGUGUCUGCUCUGAGAAGGUAUACUGUGACUGGAAAGAGAGGUAAUAGAUUGCUUUCCCCAGAAGCAGGAACCAGUAGUUCAGGCUUCUGGAAACUGUCCCAAUGCAUUCUUCUUAACCAACAUUUGUGUGUAAUGUGGUUUUUUUUCUCUCUCAUUAUGUCACAGUGGGAAAUUUCUUUUCUGAGUCAGCAGAGUGAUAUGAAGUAUUGUGAUGUCAGAAUGACAUACAGUUUUGUGAGCAGUGUGUUUGAUAUCAGAACCUGUCCCAGCCUGCUUCUAGGGUGUGCCAUGGUCAGGUUCUCUGGCCACCUGGGGUUUGGUUAAAGUGUACUGAAUACUUAGCACAUUGAGAGUGAGGGCGUGUUGAUUUUCUGUAAGAUUGGUAAGGCUGAGUCUAUUAAAAGUUGCAUUUCACAUUGAGUGUUCAGAUGCUGCAUAUCUAAGUGCAGAGGCCUCACUGCGCCCAUGCAUUGGAUGAGCUCAACUCUUGGGACAGCAUAGAUGAUGUAUUUAUUCUGUAUAUUAAGACAGUUUCUAUAAAGGGAGCUUAAUUUCCUAUGCUAUUCCUACAUCCUCAUGUUCUGAACCAUUCUAAGGCUCUGCCUGAACAACUUUUAUGAAAAGCUGAGAGCUGCAGAGGGUAGUGCAGUUUUUAGAAGACACUAGCCCUGGUGACAGAGAGGAAGGAAAUCUCUAAGUGUCCUUAGCUGCGAAGUAUGCUGUACUGACACUUUGAUGUGUAACAGAUUGGACACCACUCACAUGACAGAAAAUGACUCCUCUGCUCCACACUUUCCCCAUAAGUACAUUUAGAUCUGUGACAGCAGUCAUUUUCAAAGCUUGCUGUUGUGAAUUUGUCUUGAAUGAGUAAAAAAUAAUUCAACUGAAGUUAUAAGGGAACUGCAGUCCAUUUUUCCUGGAUAGAAUUUCACUGAGAUGGAAAUGUAUUACUAAAGCCAUUUGAUGGAAACUGGUAACAAAAGUGAAGGGUAAAUAAAAAAUGGAGGAUGAAUUAUGUGCAAAGUUACUUAAAUAUGUAUACCAUUGUCUGAUUUUAAUAAUUAGCUUAAGUACUUGGUUUUAUGGGGGAUUUUUCUGGUAAUGAUCAGUCAAAUAUAGCUUAACCCUAUGCUUAGCCUGGUAAGGUAACAGUGUUCAAAUUCUUGUUUUCUCUGCCUUAAUGUAGUGAAGAAAGGAUCUUAAUCAGGACUUUGUUCACUGUCUGUUUGAAUUCAUGAUUAGCUCAGGUCAUUGCUGAGAUUUCAGAGUAUGUGGUGGAUGUAGCCUUUCUCAUUAUUUGUUAUUUUAUUUCUCUAUAAUACAGAAACAGUGCUUCUGUACUGUGUGGCACAGUGAGUCAGUAAGUCAAGCAGAGGAUCUCACUCCCUUGGGGUAUCAUUGAGUGCUGACAGUUUACAGAAACAAACCACAAAAUCAAUUGCAAGCAGCCCAAGACCCCUAGAAAUAAUCCAACAAGCUUAGGGUCCGUGGUAUUGAUUUUGCAAGCAAGUGGCCCUCCUGAGCUUUCCCAGCUCUCUAGCACUGCAGAGCAGCUGUGGGACGGUGAGUGGGACAUAACGGGGUCAGAGCCAGGCCUUCCUCCACCUGUGUUUUGGCAUUGCCUUACUUGUCACUAUUUCGAGUUGCAGAGGAGCUCCAACAAUAAAGAGCAAAACACUUUAACCUAAUGUUGACGAUUUGGAACAACAGGUUAUGAAGUACUGUACCAUAUUUUCCAACCAGUUAACAUGGAAAUAAGGCAAACAAGGGAAAAUGGAGACAAAACUGAAGUUUUUUUUUUAAAAAAAGAAAUGUAGUUUUAACAAUCUUUAUAAGUAUCAACUUUACUGUAAUUCUGUCUCCCAUUAAAUGCAACAUGUGUUCAGGUGCUGCCCCUUGCUUGGGAACAGCAUUGGGGUUUUCAAUGUCUGCAGGAUCUCUGUACCCAAAGGGAAUCGAGAAGGAAUUUCUUGGUACUAUAAUGAAAAUAAGGUCUGCUCAACACAAUAAACUUUUUCCUCUCUUCUUUAAA